AUGACAUCAGUCAAGCGAGCAGCACACACAAAUACAAAGAAAGUUGACCUUAAAUUCGUAAUCGACUGCUCAAAUGUAGUAGAAGAUAAAGUCAUCAUCAUGAGAGACUUCGAAAAAUACCUAAGGGAAAGAAUAAAAGUCAAUGGAAAGAAAGGAAACCUAGGCACAGAAAUUAAUCUAUCAAGCAGCGCUACAGAAAUUGUGCUAAGGAGUUCAGUACCUUUUUCAAAGAGGUACUUAAAAUAUUUAACAAAGAAAUACCUAAAGAAGUCAAAAAUUGCUGAUUACUUACGUGUAGUCGCAACAGAGAAAGGCAAGUACGAGCUCAAAUACCUCAAGAUUUACGGUGAUGAGGGCGAAGAGGAGUAA